UAUUUGUUACUUCCUUCUUUGACGUACUUGAUCAAAAUGGCCGACUUUGAUGCUUUCGAAACCGCUCCCAGCGGAGAAGUGGACCCUGCUGCUGAUUUUUUGGCUCGUGAGCAGUCCGAACUCGCUGGAUUGGAAGAUGAUAACUUUGCGGCAGCAGAUUCUCAACCAGAAGCAGCACAGGGAUUUGAUGCUUUCGGAAGUGCAGAAGGGACUGAUGCUCCAUCAGGGGACCAGCAGAAUCUGGCGGACAAUGGUUUGGGUGACUUUGAAAUGAUAGGCGGCGCAGGGGAUGGUCAGGGCACGGGCGUGGUGGACGAUGGUCUUCUCGGAGGAGGACUCGCUGGUGGUAGUAGCGACGGCCUCAACUCUUCCGCUACCAACGGGCCCAGCAGCAUGUACGAGGCCAUCUCCCAGCACGACACGCUCCGGGCUGAGCCAGAGAAGAUCAAAAUUUGGCGGGAGGAACAGAAAGCCAGGCUGGAGAAGAAAGACUCAGAGGAAGACAAGAAGAAGCUGGAGCUGAAGGAGGUGGCGAAGAAAGAGCUGGACGACUGGUACAAACAUCACACGGAGCAGCUGGAGAAGACCAAGGAGAACAACAGGAAGUGUAACGAUGUCACUGAGUCUCAGGGAGCGGCGGAGGACGCGUUUGUGAAGGAGCGUGACGAGAAGGUAUCGGGCCAGGCCUGGGAGAAGAUCACGCGGCUGUGCGAGUUCAACCCCAAGAACUCCAAGACCACCAAGGACGUCGGUCGCUUCCGCGGGAUCCUGCUGCAGCUCAAGCAGACGCCGCUCGUCCGCUAGGGACUGCCCCGCCGCGCCUCGUCCUAGUGGUUGUGCGUCACAUUGUGUGUCUGUAUGUGUGUGUGUGUGUGUGUGUAAUGUGUUCACUACAUGGCCGUUCUUUUCUGUGAUAGAUCAUGUAGUCAAAGCGUUUCCUGUCCUGUUUCUAAGUUUGUCAGUCACAGCUGUAUGAUGUUCUGUCCUGUCCUGUCCUGUCCUGUCCCCCCGUAGAAUUGUUUUCCUAUGUCAGGAGCGAGUGCCAUUUACCUCCCUCCCCGACAGUCAGGGAAUUCGGCAAGUUUAGGACGUUGCAGUCUUUGGUCUUGUUUGUUAUGACGGUUUUGUCGUUAUGGAUACGAUGUUUGCCCGUCUUUUUUUAAUGAACAGACUGCGGAACUACUACCUGAUGUUGGUGGCACUCCCUUGUCAUUUGUGUGUGUGUCUGUUUGUCUUGUCUGUGAUGUGUUGAGCAUUAUGCAGAUGUUGGCUGUGGUCUUUAGACUGUUGUGAAAAUGUAGUGAUGACUUAGACGUUUGAAAUGUAAAACGGUAGAAAAUGUUCUUAGACUGUGUCAUGAAUGUUGUUUCUCUUUUGAAAAUGUAGCUGUUUGGUUUUGUGUUGUACGAAAUAUUUCGUUGUUCAGGAAGAGAUUGUUGGUUUGUGUUGUUACAGAUUUGUCUGGAAGGGAAAUUAGCAUCUUGUAAGGUGUUGUGUGAUUUCAUUGUGUGUGUCCAUGAGAUGGCAUUUUUUGUAAGUUAUUUAUGUUCAGUUUGUGAACAAAUGAAAGUGUAAUUAAUUUAGUGGGGAAAAAAAAUUGUGUUAGGGUGGAUCAUUUAUCAUGACAGCUUUUGACUGGGAUCAGUUUUUUUCAUUGGAAAUGUGUUGUAAUCAUUUUAUUUGCUGUUAUCGUUAGUGUGUGGGCGCGCUCGCGUGUGUGUAUGUCUGCUUGCUUACGAGUAUUACUAGUACUAUUAUGCGUGUGAGUGUAUGUUUGAUGGCCUGUGGUUUUUGAGCAUAAGUUUGGAGUACCCGGUACCCAAAAGUACCCGCAACGGUUUUGAGAGUAUAUCUGUUGUGGGGUUUUUGUUUGUUUUUUUAUGUUCAUAGUCAGAAUUGCACAAAAUGUCAUUUAAAAGUACAUUUUCCACAUUAAAACUAAUUUAUCGAAAA